UACCUUCUUUCACAAUAAGAUCGAGUCGAUGAAGCUGGAGAUUCUACAAGGCCAAGCAGUGUUACGGCGUCUCGAAGCACAGCGAAACGAAUACAACAGCCGAGUGCGACUGCUACGAGAAGAGUUGGGCCUGUUACAGCAACCCGGCAGCUAUGUAGGCGAGGUGGUCAAGGCCAUGGGCACAAAGAAGGUGCUCGUGAAGGUACAUCCCGAAGGCAAAUACGUCGUCGAUGUAGCCGACUCCAUCGACAUCGCCAAGCUCACCGCCGGCAAACGCGUCACCCUCCUUUCCGACUCCUACAAACUCUCCUCCCUCCUCCCCUCCUCCGUCGACCCCCUCGUCUCCCUCAUGAUGGUCGAAAAGGUGCCCGAUAGCACCUACGACAUGAUCGGCGGCCUUGACGAACAGAUUAAGCAGAUUAAAGAAGUCAUCGAACUCGGCCUCAAACACCCGGAACUCUUCGAAUCACUCGGCAUCGCCCAACCAAAAGGCGUGCUAUUGUACGGCCCUCCCGGCACGGGGAAGACACUAUUAGCUCGAGCAGUGGCGCACCACACAGAUUGCAAAUUCAUAAGAGUAAGCGGUAGUGAACUAGUCCAGAAAUACAUCGGCGAGGGCAGCAGAAUGGUGCGUGAACUCUUCGUCAUGGCCCGCGAGCACGCGCCGUCCAUCAUCUUCAUGGACGAGAUCGACUCCAUCGGCUCCUCUCGUGUGGAAGGAAGCAGCGGCGGCGACAGCGAAGUCCAACGCACCAUGCUCGAACUCCUCAACCAACUCGACGGCUUCGAACCUACGAAAAAUAUCAAAGUCAUCAUGGCUACCAAUCGCCUCGAUAUCCUCGACCCUGCACUCCUGCGUCCGGGACGUAUAGAUAGGAAGAUCGAGUUCCCGCCACCUACUACCGAGGCUAGAGCUGAUAUCUUACGGAUUCACAGCCGGAGUAUGAACUUGACCCGCGGGAUCGAUCUGGCGAAGAUUGCAGAGCGUAUGGGCGGGUGCAGUGGAGCGGAGUUGAAGGGCGUGUGUACUGAGGCGGGCAUGUAUGCGCUCAGGGAGAGGCGGGUGCACGUCACGCAGGAGGACUUUGAGUUGGCCACUGCCAAGGUGUUGCAGAGACACGAUGAUAAGGAGAUGAGUUUGAGUAAGCUGUGGAAGUAGGCCAUGAUUUCCUGAAUUGCAGAUGCACGGGCAUGGGCGUAGGCAUGGUGGGGAUGAGCAGAUAUAGGAAUGUAGAAAUAGCGUUUGUAUAUUUACAUCAUGUUGCGGAGG